AUGCCUAGGGUGUUGUAUGAUUACCCCCGGUACAAGCCGGUCCGCUCCCAUCGGCAGUACUCCGAAUUCUGCCGUGUCAAGCUACUGCUCAGUCAUCCCCACCGCCAGACAGAUGAUCUGUCCCAGGUUGAUGGUCGAAAGUUCGACAACUAUUCAUCUGCCUAUCGUUACUGCCUCGAGCAUCAUGACCACCUGGACGACCACUAUGGCACUGUUGACGAGCCUGAUCCGUCUCCGGAUGAGGAGGAGUUUGAGCCAGGGGGGGACGCCGGGGAGAUUACCCUCGAGGACUGGCAGGAGAUGGCGCGGCAAUUACGACGCGUGGAAGAUAUGCCUCUCGCAGCCCGUGAUACGCUGGACACGCAGCAGCGUCAGGUAUACGACACGAUCAUGCGCCACUUCAGGGCGAAGAACGAGAACCGUCGGCCUCCGCCCCUCCGGCUGCAGAUCGAUGGAGAAGGUGGGACUGGCAAGUCGUAUAUGGUGAAGGUGAUAUCUUCUCACCUUCAGGCCAAGGCGGCUUCCUAUGGCCGACCCUCCCCCAUCGUUAGAGCAGCUCCGACGGGCGUGGCGAGCAACCAGAUCGGGGGACAGACUUUGCAUUCCCUGCUGCGGCUCCCCGUCGACGGCAAUUACCGCUCGCUCUCCGAGACCUUGACGACCCUGAACGCCUUGCAGCGGCGGUUCAGGGGUAUCCACUGCCUCGUGAUCGCCGAGAGGAGCAUGCUCGGCCUCAAGACCCUCGCGUGGAUUGACCAGCGCCUACGGGAGGUGUUCCUGGAGAAUCGCGACGAGUUCUUCGGCGGCCUCGGCGUCGUCCUGAUCGGGGACUUCUUCCAGCUCCCCUCUGUCCUGAACAGGCCGCUGUAUUCGACAAGCGACGAUCUGAAGGACAUCGAAUCGUUGGGCGUAAUGCGUACCUCUCGUUCGACAAGCCGGUGUUCUGUCAAGCUCUCUCCCGAGGAGGUUGACAGCUUUGCCGAUGCGCUUCGCAUCUAUUCCACCAAGGCCCAGGUCGUCGAGUACAACCACCAACACAUGCUUGGCCUAGACAGCCCCGCCAUUCAGGUCGAAGCAAAGCACGAGGGUGUUGGUGCGGAGAAGGUUGAAUCCUCAAAUGCCGGCAACUUGGCCAAGCGCUUGCCCUUGUGUGUUGGUUGCAGGGUGAUGCUAACGCGGAACUUGUGGGCGGACGUCGGGCUCGUCAACGGUGCGCAAGGCACAGUCUACGAGAUAUCCUGGAAAGAAGGUGCUGACGUGCUGCGAGACCCGCCCGAGGUCAUCAUGGUGCCCUUCGACGACUACGACGGCCCCGCCUUCACGAUGCCGAACGGGGAGCCGCUCCGCAGUGGAGAGAAGCUGGUUGUUCCCAUCCUCCGAGUGCGGCAGGACUUCAUGGUCGGCGCCAACUCAUGUUCGAGAAAGCAGUUCCCGCUGUGGGUCAGCUAUGCGAUCACCGUCCACAAGUCACAGGGCAUCACCCUGGACAAGGUCGUCUGCGAUAUCUCUGCGCCAGAGUUUGCUUCUGGCCUCUCCUACGUGGCCGUCUCGCGGGUGAAGACACUCGGCGGGCUGAUGUUUAAGCGGCCCUUCGACCGCAGCAGGAUCUACCGCGAGACACCAUCACGAGCUAUGGGGUUGAAGUUGUCCGAUCACGCUACCAGGCAACUGCAGGCGUUAGAUGUUGUGGCGGGGGAGGUUCCCUCAGAGUCUAAUUGA